UCCCCUUUUUAAGUGGAAGUGCCAAGCCGGGCUUGGGUCGCAUUCUCUUCAUAGCAGCCAUAGGAAUGCUGAGGAUGGCAACUGUCCGUCUCGGGCUGUGGAUCCUCGUGGUUUUAGUGUCAUCCAUCCACUCAGAUGGACAGGAAAUCUAUGAGGUGGUUCGACCAAUCAGACUCCAUGAUCUUCAUAAAAGAGCUUUAGAGACCGCCAGGCCUGAUACACUGAAAUAUGCCAUGACUCUUGGCGACAAACACAUUGAAAUGCAUCUAGAGAAAAACCCUGAUUUUAUACCUGAGGACUACACUGAGACUCAUUACAUGAGCGAUGGGACUCCUGUCGUAACUAAACCUGAUGAAAUGGAUCUCUGCUACUACCAGGGGAAGAUCAUGAAUGACAGCAACUCUCUGGUCAGCAUGAGCACCUGUGAUGGAUUACGGGGUUAUUUCCAGACUGCAGGACAGAGGUUUAUUAUCGAGCCUGUGUCUGAAGACACUGAUGGUGAGCAUGCGGUGAUGAAGUAUGAAGAUGUGAUUGAUUCUCCUUCUGUAUGUGGAGUCACCAACACUACCUGGUACCCUGUUCCUGAAGGCUUCCCAGGCUCUUCCUCUGGCAAAUCUAAAGCUCGCAUAUCAGGGCAAACAUUGCUACAGCAAAAGAAAUACAAUGAAGUCAUCCUUGUAGUAGACAACAGAAUGUAUCUGAAGAUGGGCAGUAAUGUGACCGAAGUGAGAAAGAGGAUCUUCGCUAUUCUCAACUUUGUUAACGUUGUAUAUAAACCGUUGAACACUUUUAUUGCUCUGGUUGGUCUGGAAAUUUGGACAGAUUCUGAUAAGAUAGCGGUGAAUACGUCAGCUGGUCAGACACUGGAUGCGUUUAAUAAGUGGAGAAAUACCGUUCUGAUGAAGAGCAAGAAGCAUGACAACGCUCAUCUGAUCACUGAAAUCGACUUCGAUGGGCCGACAGUGGGCCUGGGUUUCAUUGGCACCAUUUGCACGUCCUUCUCUACCGCAGUCAUCCAGAACCACAAUACCAUAGCCACAGCUGUAGGUGCCACUCUGGCACAUGAGAUGGGACAUAACAUGGGUAUGAACCACGACGGCAGCUCGUGUGGAUGUGCCGGGGGCAGCUGCAUCAUGGCUGCCUAUCUGAGCUACACCAUCCCGCAACUCUUCAGCAACUGCAGCCUGACCAACUUUGAUGAGUUCCUGAACUCACGCAACCCUGAGUGUCUCCUCAACAAACCACUUGCCAGCAACCUGCUCCAGCCUGCAGUGUGCGGCAACGGCUUCCGCGAGACUGGGGAAGACUGCGACUGUGGAUCCGUGCAGGAGUGCAACAACCCGUGCUGCAAUGCCACCACGUGCACAUUCACAAAGGGCUCAACAUGUGCCGAGGGAGAGUGUUGUCAGGACUGUAAGAUCACUGGUGCCACCCUGCUGUGUCGUCCCAAGCGUGAUGAGUGUGACCUGCCUGAAUAUUGCACAGGAAAUUCAAGCUCAUGCCCCGAGGAUGUCUUCUCCAUGAAUGGUUCGCCAUGCAAGAACAGCACUGGCUACUGCUACAAUGGCCAGUGCCCAAAACGGGAGAACCAGUGCAUCAAAAUGUGGGGUUCAGGUGCCGUGGUAGGGGUCGAUUUCUGCUAUGACCAGAACACAAGGGGAAUAUACUACGCAUAUUGUACACGACCCAACAACACCCAGUAUAUAGGGUGCCAGAAACAGGAUGUGAAGUGUGGGAAGCUUUUCUGCGCAAACGGCCAGGAGAACCCAAACUAUGGCCGCCUUGUCGAGUUCAGCACCUGCAGAGCCACUUUCUACAGCGACAGCACCGAAGAUUUUGGUCAAGUGGACACAGGAACCAAGUGUGGUGAAGGGAAGGUGUGUAGUAAGAACCAGUGUGUGAGUUUAGACGCCGCCUACAACACAACCAACUGCACAGCUAACUGCAAAGGCAACAGGGUGUGUAAUCAUAACCUGCAGUGUGUUUGUGCACCCAACUGGCUCCCACCUGACUGUGUGAUCCCAGUCAGCAGAUCUCAAUCUGCAGAUACAAGUCCACAGAUUGGCAUUGCUGUGGCUACCGUUAUCCUGUUGGGGGCUGUUUUAGUCGGGUUGGCCAUCUACUGCAUGAAAUGCAGGAAGAAUCAAAGCAGUUCAACAACAGCAAACCGUUCUCCAAAGUCUACUGUAAACGUCUAACGCUUUUGUACCUCCUCACCGGGAUUGUGAAAAUCCAGCCUAGGUGGGACGGUCAUACAGAACACAAGCAGCACUGAAUAGGAUUACGUUUUUUUUACAGGCUUUCACAAAAAGUACUUGAAGAGGACGGAUACUGUAAAAUUAUUCAUUAACUCAGGAAGAUCUACAGUGGAUAUAAAAAGUCUACACACCCCCUGUUAAAAUGGCUGUUUCUUGUGAAGUAAAAUAUGAAACUAAGAUAAAUCAUGUCAGAACUUUUCCCACCCACCUUUAAUGUGAAAUUGCAAAAUAUACAAAUAAAGUGAAAAACAAUAGAAAAAAUGCAUUUGCAUAAGUGUGCACACCCCUAAACUAAUACUUUGUUGAAGCACCUUUUGAUUUUAUUACACCACUCAGUCCUUUUGGCUAAGAGUCUAUCAGUCUAUCAUCUUGACUUAGCAAUAUUUUCCCACGCUUUCUUGUGAAAACAUUCUAGAUCAGUGAAAUUGUAAGGGCAUCUCCUGUGCACAGACUCAAAAGAGAACUCAUCCUCAUCUGGGUGACAAGGAACAGUGCAAUUAUAAAUAUUUCCCUCCUAUAACGGUGUACUACAUGGUCAAAAAGGGCAAUUGUGUAAACAGGAAAUUCAUCAUAUUUUUCACGUGAAACAUUACCUUGCAUUUCACGCCAAACAUACCUUUUGGAAUUAUGGAAUUAAUAUACCUUUUGGAAUUAUGGAAUUAAUAUACCUUUUGGAAUUGUUCUCAUCAGACCAUUACACAUUUUGCACCAUGGAUUGGGGUUAUUUAGUUGGGCUUCCGUCUAGGCACCCUUGGCAGCCUCCCUGGUAAGAUUUUGUCUUGUCCUUAUGUAGAUUUUGGAGGGACGUACUAUUCUUGGUAAUGUCACUGCGGUGCUCCAUUUUCUCCACUUUGUGAAGAUGGCCUUCACGGUGUUCCAUGGUACAUCUAAUGUUACGGAAAUUUUUUUUUACCCCUCUCCUGGUCAGUUCCUAGCAACAGGGGGACCUGUACAGGCUUUGUCUUUGUUACAGACCAUGGCUUCAGCAGUCGAAUGAAACCAAGAAGAUGUGAAGAAAAUCCUACAGAAACAGCUGGUCUUUAUUUGGGGUUAAUCAGAAUAAUUUCAUUGAUGACAGCUGUAUGAAAAUGACUUUUGAACAUGAGAUUGAAUGUGAUUGGUUCAUUCUGAACACAGCCACCUCCCCAAUUAUAAAAGGGUGUGCACACUUACGCAAUCAGGUUAUUGGAACAUUUUUUUAUUUUUCCUAUUUUUUCCCUAAAAUGUUUCUGAUUGUUUUUCACUUAAUUUUUUAUAUAUUGUAAUUUCACAUUGAGGGUGGAAAAAGUUCUGACCUGAUUUAUCUUCAUUUUUUACAUCAAUAAGUGAAGUGAAGACUUAUUAUAUAUCCAUUGUACUUUGCUGCAAAGUUUGGUUUGAAAUGUAAUUAUUUUCUACUUGUCUACAUCAAGCAGUGAAUUAACCUUUUCGCAAGACCUCAAACCACUGGAUCAGCUGUGCAAAAUGGUAGGACUGGAUUGGAGUGACACUGCUACUCCUUAUUAAAUUAUCCAGGUCUAGCAUCCAAAUGUUUGACUACUAAAAUUAGGACACACUCAGUGAUACACUUUCCUCUAAGCCUUUUUUCUGCACUUAGAAGAUAAUGAGAACAUGAGGCCAUUAUAUAUGUGUUGCAGCAUGGGGAAAACCCUUCACAUCAUUAACUGUUGACAUUUUCUUUUGCACAUAUAUAAUGGACUAUAAUUCUAAAUUUAUAAUCAUCAAUCAGUAGAAUCAACUAAGAAAAACAAAGAGCAACAAACAAGUCUUUUGACUUGAAUGAAUGAAUGAAUGAAUGAAUGAAAAUGUCUGGACAAUAGUACAGGUUUAUAUAUUUCUACCUUUGCAUAUAGCAUUCUAAAGCAAAAAUUAGAUUACAAAGCCAUCGGCAUUUAGCACUGAAGGUACACUAGCAAGUUUCUGCUUCUUUGUUCUCAGGUUGCUUGCAGUUUAAGAUUACGAUUUAGGUCCAGGAGCCAGUUUUUGCUUCUUUGUUCUCAGGUUUCCUACAGUAAUAGAUUACAGUUUAAGGACACUAACAGGUUUGUAUUUCUUGGUUCUCAGGUUUCCUUUAAACACAUCCAAUUGGGAAAAAAAACAACCAUACAUUUACUUACGGCAAGCUGCCUGUAUAUAUUUAAAAAUAUAUACAAUCUGCAUUGGAAAUGGUUUCGGUGAUACUCAAAUGUCCAGUACGAUGAUAAAAUGACAUUUUACAUCUCUGUAAAAUUCAAAACAUGAACCAAAAAUGACCACCUGGAUUGUCUUCUGUAUUCUAUUUAUUUGUAGUUUUUUUUUUAUGUGACACAUUUAUUAUUGUGUAAAAUCCAUAAUGAAAUGUUGAUCUCAGGUUUCAAGUACUUAAUUGAUUCACCCAUACUGUAAGAUUUUAAUUUUAAACCAUAUUUGUGGUCAUAGAUAUUGUCUGUUUUGAAAUUAUUUACUUAUCAAAUCUUUUCCAUGAUACUUUAGGGCGAAAUGAUCCAUUUUAGUGAUUCAAGACAUUUAGUCUGGUACUCAUGAUUAGAAUAUUUUACACAUUGAUUUAUUCAGGUUUGAGGGAUAUUCACUUUUAAUUGAGUUGUGGUGGUAAGAUUAUAAAAUAGUGAUUUUUAUAAAGAAUUUUAUGAUUAAAUUAAAGGAUUUACACUUCUCUUACUGUGAUUUUUGCAUUUUAUUACUUGUCCUUAAUUAUGAAGUAUUAUCUUCCACAUGAUU